AAUUCCAUAUUAACCUUUAUGGAUUUGAGUAUUUUUUUUACAAAUUCAAUCAGUUUGUUGAGAAAUUUUGCAGUGUUAACGUGUGUGAAAUCGGUUGCAAUAAAUUUUUAACGAAUUUUUUCUUAUUGUUGUUACUUUAACUAUUUAACGAAAUACGAAAUUCUUCCCUAAAUAUGCCACCCGUUGAAUUACAGGCAGCUAACAUGUCGUUGGACAAUUUACAUUGUAAUCGAUGUGCCGAUGGUUUUCAGCCAAAUGAAAAAAUAGUCAAUUCAAAUGGUGAAUUGUGGCAUACACAAUGUUUUGUUUGUGCCCAAUGUUUCCGCUCUUUUCCCGAUGGCAUUUUCUAUGAGUUUGAGGGUCGUAAAUAUUGUGAACAUGAUUUUCAUGUCUUAUUUGCACCCUGCUGCAAUAAGUGUGGUGAAUUUGUUAUUGGACGUGUUAUCAAAGCCAUGUCGGCCAGUUGGCAUCCACAGUGUUUCCGUUGUCAGUUGUGUGCCAAAGAAUUGGCCGAUAGCGGUUUUAUACGUAAUCAAAAUCGUGCCUUAUGUCAUGAGUGUAAUGCCAAGGUUAAGGCUGAAAUAACUGGUCGUUAUGUGUGCCAAAAAUGCCACGGUCUUAUUGAUGAGGAACCUUUGCGUUUCCGUGGUGAAGUUUAUCAUGGUUAUCAUUUCAAUUGUACCGCUUGUGGCCAAGAAUUAGAUUCAACCGCCAGAGAGGUUAAAAGUCGUCCAGGUUUGGCAGCUAAUGAUAUGAAUGAAUUAUAUUGCCUGCGUUGCCAUGAUAAAAUGGGUAUACCAAUUUGUGGCGCCUGUCGUCGUCCCAUAGAAGAACGUGUUGUCACCGCCCUGGGCAAACAUUGGCAUGUAGAGCAUUUUGUAUGUGCCAAAUGUGAAAAACCAUUCUUGGGACAUCGUCAUUAUGAGAAACGUGGCCUGGCAUAUUGUGAAACUCAUUAUCAUCAAUUGUUUGGCAAUUUAUGUUUUGUAUGCAAUCAAGUUAUAGCCGGUGAUGUUUUCACGGCCCUUAAUAAAGCCUGGUGUGUACAUCAUUUUGCCUGUUCUGUGUGCGAUACAAAAAUGACUCAGAAAUCGAAAUUCUAUGAAUAUGAUGAGAAGCCAGUUUGUAAGAAAUGUUAUGAACGUUUCCCCACUGAGCUUAGAAAGCGUUUAAGAACAGCCCAUGAAAUGACCAUGAAUAAGAAAAUGUAAAUUUUAUAAUUCUGUUAAAACUACAAAAAAAAAAAAAAACAAAACAAAAACGAUUUUAUAAAACAACAAAAACAAAAUACAAUAC